CCCUCUUUAUAAAAAUCCAACUCCCCCCAAAACAACACUACCCAAAAGUGCUCACACUAUACCCACAGCCAAAAACUACACACUGUCGGCAGACACACCUCCCUCUUUCCCUGUUCUUUGCUCUGUUUUUUUUUCUUCUGUUUACACACAACACUCCCUCGGUUUCUCCGCUAGCCGGAAACUGAGGAUUUAUACUUCUUCUAGUUUUUUAUAAUUCUACUAGUGACCCACAUUUUACUUACAUUAUGGAAACUCACUCCCCAAAUUUCAGUUUCACUAAGCUUUACUCUGUUGUAGCUGUAAUUGUGUUUUUUUGGCCGUUCAUGGCUUACGCCGGCCCUCUCCGUCGUGUUGUAGACACACAUUGGUAUCCUGCUUCUGCCACGUGGUAUGGUAGCCCAGAAGGCGACGGUAGUACUGGUGGGGCAUGUGGGUAUGGGUCAAUGGUGGAUGUGAAACCGUUCAGGGCCAGAGUAGGGGCAGUGAGUCCGAUUUUGUUCAAAAAUGGUGAAGGAUGUGGGGCUUGCUAUAAAGUGAAGUGUUUAGACCGUUCCGUUUGUUCGAGACGAGCUGCGACGGUGAUUAUUACCGACGAAUGUCCCGGCGGGUACUGCUCCGGCGGAAGAGUUCACUUCGAUCUUAGUGGCGCCGCCUUCGGCCAUAUGGCUGUUUCAGGUUACGGCGGAAGCCUCCGUGACCGGGGUGUAAUCUCCAUCCUCUACCGCCGAACUCUAUGUAAGUACCCAGGAAAGAACAUAGCCUUCCAUGUAAAUGAAGGCUCAACACCUUACUGGCUCUCUCUUCUUGUUGAAUUUGAAGAUGGAGAUGGAGAUGUUGGAUCCAUGCAUAUCAGAGAGGCAAGGUCAAAUCAAUGGAUAGAGAUGUCACAUUUAUGGGGAGCAAAUUGGGCCAUAAUUGGAGGGCCAUUGCAAGGACCAUUUUCAGUGAAGUUAACAACACUCUCAACAGGAAGAGCCCUUUCAGCAAGAGAUGUUAUUCCAGGCAAUUGGUCACCUAAAGCUACUUACACCUCGCGGCUUAACUUCUAAUCUAUCGAUUGCCCUUCUAAUUAGCAUGGGCACAAUCUUUUCUACCUUAUUUUUCGCCAAGGAAAAGUAGCCGUUUGGAUCAAUAUAAGUAAUAGUAUCCAAGGCUCUUUCUUGGUUGUUAACUUUUGUUCUUGUGUGGUUAGUUAUAGUUAACAAGGUUGUCAAUAGUAGCCUUCUCCAAAGGAGAGUGAGCUCUUUUGCCUUGUGUUUUUUUUUUCUCUUCUUUUGUGUGUAGUAAGUUUGAUUUUUUUCAACGAGCACCUCGACUAGUUUCACGGAAUAUCUGUCACCUCCUACCAUCAAUAGGUACCAGAUAACUCUGUCAACUAAAGCUAGGACUGAUAGGAAGAAUUACCUAGUGGAGGUCCUUUGUGUGUGUUUUAACUGAGGAUAUAUAGAGGACCAAAUGAAUGCACAUGUAAUGUAAUGUUGAAACAUGAAUGAAGUAUGUGGGGGACCUUUCUGCCCUUUUGUGUAGUUUGGUUCUGUUUCUGAA